CUUUACGAGAGGACGCACUACGGAAGCCGAGAAGGAGAGAAAUGUGGGCGCGGGCCGUGUGGCUGGGCCUUCGAGCGUCGGCGGGCGGGCGCCGGGGCUUCCCCUCCAAGGCCGCUCAUCAGGGAAGCCGCCGGGUCACGGCCGAGCUGAUCGAGCACCUGGAGCGGCUAGCGCUUGUGGACUUCGGCAGCCAAGAGGCCGUGGCACGGCUGGAGAAAGCCAUCGCCUUCGCCGACCGGCUCCGCGCCGUGGACACGGACGGGGUGGAGCCCAUGGAGUCAGUUCUGGAGGACAGAUGUCUGUACUUGAGAUCCGACAAUGUGGUAGAAGGCAACUGUGCUGAAGAACUACUACAAAACUCCCAUCGAGUUGUGGAGGAGUAUUUUGUGGCUCCCCCAGGUCCUGCCAGCUGCCUGAUGGAGGAAGUCCUAGGCACAGAGAACAUGAGAGAAGAGGCCACAUCCUUCAUCUAUGUUAAGAGCCAUCAAGACCUAGGGUCCCUUCUCCAUCAAUCACUACUUUUAAAUCCUGAGGGUCCCCAAAAUCACAAAUUUUAAUAAGGGACACAAAACCAGAGAAGAACACUAAAGUAUGUGUGGUAAACUACCAUAAGAAGCUGGUCCUAGGAUAAUCUUCCAGAGACCAAGCCUUUCCGACAGACCAAGAAGUUCAUCCCAUUAUAGGUUUAGUACCUCUAAGAAUUCAGAGCCUCUCUUUCUUUGUCCUUCAUAAUUAAUAACAAACUCCCAAGACUUUGAGUUCUAAUUUUUUCCAUUAUGAAAUUUAUCGGUACCAAUUAUUUCUUGCCUGACUGGGUUCCCAGGACAUAGGAAUUUUGAAACCAUCCAAUAAAAUAACCAAAGUGUAGCUGAAGUAACACAACGAAAAUCGAAAGUUUGUUUUCCUGUAGGUGUGAAUGACUGACAAACUAGACAAAGUACCUCUUAAAAGAUCACCAACACUCUUCAAUACAGUAGGGGAAAAGGUAAGACUCAGACGCUAAAACUAGUCGGGAGUCAUACAACCCUACCUGAUGUCAUGAAAGGGAAAUGUGCUCCUGCUCUCAAAGGCUGUGUUUACCGCUCACAGCUCAGGACUGCAGCCAUUUCCUAAUAGUUUUCUAAGCAGGAUUUCAGAGCAGCAUGGAGAGAAAAAAAGAUAUGCAUGACAUCCUGAAGGAGGGAAUAGAGUUCUGGGGUUAAAAAAUUACAAAGGGACACAGAUAGGCAGAUACUGACAGGAUCACUCUUAAGCGCCAUGGGAGUCUGAUGUGACUGUGUGACGUUCACAUCUAAGACAGUGCCAGGCUCCUCAAUACACUUCACUCCACCAGGGCCCUAAAACACCCCUGCAAUGUGCAGAAGGCCCCAGGUUUUUACCAGUGUGUUAAUAUUUCAAAAAGAUGCAUAAACCUCUGAGCUUAGCAUUUCAUCACUUGUCAACACUAGACAUUUCGUUCUAUACUUUGCAAUACAAUCACUAAGACUCCAAGUUGUAGUUUUGGUUUCUUUUUUACAUAAUUCCAAAUCCACCACAAAAUAUGGCCUAUUUUAGGAUCCAAGGCUAGGUAAUUUGUUCAAAUCUGGCUUCUGCAAUGUCUUUCUAGCAAGUCCGACACCAGGGUACAUUCCAAAAGAAAAUGUCUUUAGAAUUCCAGCUCAAGGGGUUUUGCCAUCAUCUUCCCUUUCAACACUAGAAAACUCCAUUAUAAGAAGAAAGUUUAUGUUCUAUCAAGGCUGCACUAUCAGUGCAAUUUCAUUGGCAAGGUACCUGCCUCACUGGCAGGGCUUCAGACUGUCACUGUGCAUGGGCUGUUGAAAAGAAAACCCCACACAUCCCACGCACUAAAGAAUAACAGCUAACAUUUCUUGGAGGCCAGACUCUGUGCUAAGUAUUUUACAUGCAUCAUCUUAUUUAGUUUGAAAGGAACAUACCUGAAACAAGAACUCGGAAAUCAGAUCUUCUUGUAGGAGGCCCAUUCCUCCCACCACGGGGCCACCCACCCCGACCUCCGUAAGUCCUGGGGAACUCCACACGAAGCCGGCACUGGCCAUAAUCAUAACCGUUCCUUCCAUAAAUUGCAUCCUCAGCAUCUCUGCAAAGAAAAGUUUGGAGUUAGUGCUGCUCAGGAGGGCCGACUGACUUCCCAGUGAGGAACAUGACUAACAAGAAUAAAAGGAAAACCUCAAGUGAGAAAAAAAAGAAAAGAACAAAAACCCGGAACUUGAUGCACUACUGCUUUGGUCUGAAGACCUUUCAUGAUAUUGGAAUUAAACUUUACAGCUGUCACACACAGGGUUCUCUAGGUAUGAAAUGAUAAUGAAUAGACAAACAGAUAACAGAACUAAUUCAGAAAAAAAUAAACUGUUGACAGAUGGUUGAUUUUGCCAAUAAAGUGUUUCUCUAA